ACCCUCUACGGCCUCGCAUCAGUCCCAACAAGCCUUCCCAGCAUGCCCCAAUGAAGCCCGUUCUGGAGGUUGACCCGCCAGUGAGGAGGAAGGAGCCGCCUCCAGUCCCACCCAAAAACUACACGCUGGCUGAGAGAGGGGUGGAGCCUGACGAGUACAAAAUGAGGAACUACGAAAACAGUGGCUACACGGGUAGACAUCCGCGUAUGGAGGGACGCUAUCAACGGUUGCCCGGCGACCAAGAUCAUUAUCGCCAUAGCAAUGGGGAGGCACAGAGACAUGAUCCAUUAUUGACACGGUCUGUUUCCGUGACAAUGAACGGCCCCAGAGACUUUAAUCAUGCUCCACUUGAAAGGCAGCGAUCUGACGGUUACGCUGGUCGUUACCGUAGCAACGGAGAAUUGGACCGAAGUGACACCUACGGCGCUGUGAAUUACGUGGCGGAUCGCUACAGUAGGGAGAGUCUGUACGACAAACCACCGCCUCCGCGGUCAUACAAUCACAAAAAAAUACUCGCCGCCGAGGGAAAUGGAUCAGGCCUCAUCUGGAUACUCGGUGCAGGACUCCGGAUAUCCCAAUUCCAUGGAUCCACCAAGGGAUAUGACCCAGGUUAAUAUUGCCAAAGAGAUCAAAACAUUACAAAAUGGCGCCCCACCUACUGAGACUCCGCCUCUCCAGAAUGGCACCCAUCUUCAGGGCCCUCCCAGAGAAGAUGGUAGAGAGCCUCAGGAAGUGCUUUCGAAACUUACAGCAGAAUUUCAGGAGACUUUUCCACUUUCGGGAAGAAAGAGUCCUCGACCUAACCAUACAAAAACAGACAGUCAUGUGACUCCAUCCAUCAUCCAAUCAGAAUCAUUUGACCUGCAUUCAGCAGUGAAGACAGACUCUAAUUGUGAUAGGUCAGGGGAACAGGAUACAGAUGGCGCCACUUCAGAAAGUGUGUCAACCCCUGAGACUGUGGUUCAUGUAGAUGGGUUUGAUGACUCUGAUGUUGGUGAGAAUCACACUGUGGUGGCCACAGCCCGUGGCGUUUUCGAUCACACAGGUGGGACACUGGAGUCCAGGGAAACAGGUGUGAGUAUCGUUAUCCCAGAAGGUGCGAUACAGAAAGGUGUGCGGCAGGAAUUGUACUUCAAGGUGUGCAAAGACAGCAGCAUUCUGCCCCCGCUAGAUAAAGACAAAGGUGAGACGCUACUCAGCCCCCUGGUGAUGUGUGGACCUCAUGGACUGAAGUUUGCUAAGCCUGUAGAACUAAGACUACCCCACUGUGCUUCUGUGAACCCGGACAGCUGGUCCUUUGCCCUCAAGUCAAGCGAUUCCCCUACAGGUCACCCGACUCAGUGGCAGAACAUGGCUUUAGCAGGACUAGAUGGAGCUGUGGCCCCAGGCAGGGUAGGGAAGAACAGUGUCUCUGUGCUGGUGGAUCACUUCUGAACUUCCUGGAUGAAGACCUUCAUGUAACAUCACACCAAAUGCAUGUGAUCACGAGACCAAAGACACAAUAUGGCAGAAUGCCAGUUAAGGCUAGGAAGACCAUAUCAUGCUAGCUUCAGUGGCUUUGCCCAGCUUCCGUUCUCAUUCUGAAUAGGGACAACACGGUGUUGACACUCCAGGACCCAGAUCUACUGGCUUUGUACAUGCCCCUGUCACAUUGUGAAUAGGGACAACACGGUGUUGACACUUCAGGAGAUGACACAGAUCUACUGGCUUUGUACAUGCCCCUGUCACAUUGUGAAUAGGGACAACACGGUGUUGACACUUCAGGAGAUGACACAGAUCUACUGGCUUUGUACAUGCUCCUGCCACAUUGUGAAUAGGGACAACACAGUGUUGACACUCCAGAACACAGAUUUACUGGCUUUGUACAUGCUCCUGUCACAUUGUGAAUAGGGACAACACAGUGUUGACACUUCAGGACAUGACACAGGACUCGUGGCUUUGUACAUCCUCCGGUCACAUUGUGAAUAUAGAGAGCCAAUAUGGUGUUGACACUCCAGAACAUAAUACGGCUGAAUCUUUGUUUCAGUCCGUAUCAAAACAUCUGCUACCAUCUGACUUUUCCAUUGUUACAUCAAGAUUGCAAGCAACAUUUAACAUAUGAAAAGUAUCUUUUUCUAUUUCGUUUUGUUAUGCUGUCUCAAUAUCAGGGACGCGAAUUUCUCAAAUGUCUCAAAAACAUCUCGAAAAGUUGUAGAUGUAAGUGCCGAGUGAAUUGUGGAGGUUGUUGAGUUAUUGAGUUGAUGUUUCUGCAAGUCUUCGAGAAAUUGAGUGAAUAUUAAUGGGACUGUAGAGUUAUCAAAUUGCUGUUAUGGAGAUCAUUGAGUCAAUUCAAAGAGGGCAGUCUCAGUAGACCUUAUGGUACUGUUACAUAAGGUUACCUGCACUCUAAACUUGGUACACAGUUUUCGUGGCGAUAAUCUUAUAUCUUCUAUCUCUCUCUCAAAGCACCUGCAGGUGUGCUGAGAGUUUCGUAGUGUAACAAGAUUAGUAAACCCAUGUUCAGUCAGCAAGAACAUGGGAGAUGUUGAGGUAGUUGUGGUAUUAGAAUCAUGGUACACCAGUAAAAUCAUGACAAGUACAUGUCCUUCAGACUUCAAAGAUGAAAAACCAGUGAGACUGUGUCAAAAUUGAAAUUGAAGUGACUUCAGAAGCAAGGUAAAACUGAAAUAUUUGUGAAAUUUUAAGAGGGAGUUUGUCACUUUUUGUUUUUGCUAUUAAGUAAAAUCUUAUCAGUAACAUGGAAGCAGCCUGUAAUUUAUGGGUUGCCAGAUGGAAUUCAAAAAACUAAAUAACGGGUGUUUUGAUUAGGUACACACUAGUAGUUGAGAGGUCAUGUUUUAUAAAACCACAAAGUCUUAAACUUGAAUUCAGCAGUAUUGUUAGCCUUUUAAAAUGUACACUGUUGCUGAUAGAUGUUACAUUAGACCAGGGGUUUUUGUACUGCCAAAUUUUGAUAAAAAUUUUGUGCUAUUUAUAGCUGAAUUGAAGUAUUGGUGCAUUGUUGAGGAUUAUGGAUAGCAAAAUGAAGUGCUCAGAAGGCUCUGCAUGUGGAGUGUCCAAAAUCAUCCAGCUCUGCCUACUUGCAAUAAGGGAAUGUCCAAAACCAUCCAGCUCUGCCUACUUGCAGAAAGCGAGUGUCCAAAAUCAUCCAGCUCUGCCUACUUGCAAUAAGGGAAUGUCCAAAACCAUCCAGCUCUGCCUACUUGCAGAAAGGGAGUGUCCAAAAUCAUCCAGCUCUUCCUACUUGCAGAAAGGGAGUGUCCAAAAUCAUCCAGCUCUUCCUACUUGCAAUAAGGGAAUGUCCAAAACCAUCCAGCUCUGCCUACUUUCAGCAUGGGAGUGUCCAAAAUCAUCCAGCUCUGCCUACCUGCAGUAAGGGAGUGUCCAAAGCCAUCCAGCUCUGCCUACUUGCAGUAAGGGAACGUCCAGAAUCAUCCAGCUCUGCCUACUUGCAGUAAGGAGGUGUCCAAAAUCAUCCAGCUCUGCCUACUUGCAGUAAGGAGGUGUCCAAAAUCAUCCAGCUCUGUCUACUUGCAGUAAGGAGGUGUCCAGAAGAGUCCAUUUUCAGCAGUUUAAUCCAUGAAAUGGAGUGUCAGAUUGAAUAUGCCAUUAUGGUAUUCAGUUGUGCAAAUCAGUUAUAGAGCAGUGUGUGAAUCUCUCAGGCAUAUCUUUUGUACAAAUACAUGCUCUGUAUUAUAUGGUCUCCUUUGUGGUGUCCAGUUAUGUCUCAUACUUGGUCCGCAUCAAACUUUCGAGGGCCUUGUGUAGAAAGUGUCUUAUAGCUGAAUCAAGGUGUCCAAGGAGUCUGCUGCAUGUAUUUUCCAGGUAUAUAAGACCGCUGUACUGAAAUACUGGGUAUCCGAAUGAGUCUUGUAGCUGAAUCUGGGUGUCCAAGCGAGCCCAAAAUCAUCCAUGUAGCUGAAUUCGGAUGUCCAAAUAAGUCAAAUAUCGCAUACAUGUAGCUGAAUCAGGAAUGAUGAGUAUCAGACUGACAGACCACAUGGACACCACUAUGGUGACACUACCCCAGUCUAUCUUACUUGCCUCAUUCAGUUCAGUUUUUUACACGCCUAUGUCCACCAUGGCUGUAGCCAGGUGUGUGACAACGUACAUUAACCUGUAAAGGUGUUUUCGGCAAAUCUCACCUAUGAAUGUGCAACUAUCAGUGUAAGUGGUAUUUCUUUUUCUUCCAAAGAUAUUUGAAAAUAUCCUAAUUAUAAUUUGUAUGCAGAUUUUCUAAAUGUAUAUCUAAAAAUGAUAUGGCUAUUUGUAUAUAAAAUACUUCAUGCGUGUCUAUUGUACUCAAUACAAUAUUGUAUUGUCAGGGGUGCUGUUUAUUAAGGUAUAGGGUGGCUGUAGCAAUGGUAAUAUAAUGGUCAGUCUGUGACCCCACCCCACAAGCACCCCCCACCCCUCCCCACCCUCUUCUAGCAUGACCAGUGCUCAUCACCAUGUGUUAUAUAGAUGUAGGUAUGACCAGAACGUACUGUAAAUCAAAACACAAAUGUCCGUAUUACAGUUAUUAUGUAUUAUGUAGAUAUGUUGUACAGUGUAGUAAUUUUUUUUAACAAUAGUAUAAGUAUACACGUAGUCUGUCUAGUAUUAGUCGCCAACUGAAGGCGACUUUCCACCAAGAAAUCAUUAACCUUCAGAUGUUUCAAUGUAGGCGAUGAUUCAAACAUGCACUGUGACACUUGUGAAGGUUCGAUGUUGGUUUGUACAAAAACUACAAAUUCUUACUCAAUGUUUUUUUUUUUUUUUUUUUUUUCAACACAAGCUCAAUCAGGCAAAGGUGACUAUGAGAUUAUCUACGUGUAGAAUGUUUAUGGGCAUGUGCUAGAGCUAUCGCAAAUUGUCAGGGCUUAUUUUUUAUAUUACAUGCACCAGUAGUUAAAAUUUGUUAGUUUUACGAUGACAUAGUAAAUGAUGCCCCUUGAACUCCACAAAUGUACCCUCAAACUCCAUAAAUGUACUGUCAAACUUUUGUUGUCUGUGGAGGAUAGGUGUGUCUAAGGACUCCUUCCCUGUAUAUUCUUGAGUAUGGCGUAAAACUCAAACCAAAUAAAUAAAGAAAUCAAUCAGAACUUGCUUGUUUUAGCAUUUCUGCAGCUGGUGAAAAUAGAAAUUGUCUAAAAGACCAUAGCGAGUUACGUCCAGAAAAUGGUUUGUGUUCAUUCGUCUGGCUAAAAGUGAGAUGGAUAUUGUUGACGGCAUAACUGCCUGUUCUUCUGUCUUUCACUUGUACCAGAAUUCAGCAAUGAAUCGAGGGGAGGAUUAUUAAGUUGAGAUUUGAAAUAUUAUGGAACAUGUUGUCAAGUUUUAAUUUAGUGUGUCUUCAUUUCAGUAUAUUACUUACAAAAAAAUAAGCAAGGAACGGCAAAGCUAUUUCUGGUUAUGUGUUCAGUCAUGGGCAAUCGGUGAUGUGUUUAGUUUGUCAUGGCCAAUCGGUUAUGUGUUCAGUUUGUCAAAGCCAAUUGGUUACGUGUCCAGUUUGUCAUGGCCAGUUGGUUAUGUGUUCAGUUUGUCAUGGCAAAUUGGUGAUUUGUUUAGUUUGUCAUGGCCAAUUGGUUAUGUGUUCAGUUUGUCAUGGGCAGUUGGUUAUGUGUUCAGUUUGUCAUGGCCAUUUGAUUAUGUGUGCAGUUUGUCAUGGCCAAUUCACUCAAGAUUAACCGUCUCCUUGUUACAGAGAUGAUGUGCCAGUGAUGGACAUUUUAGCUGUCUGUUUUACACCUUUCGUAGAAGUUUAUCAGUCAUUUUAAGAGCAUAUGUCAAUGAAAGACAAUUUUUGAUCUUUUAGCAGUUAGUCAGGGAACAGUUGUUUGUCAUUUUUUUUAUACGAGUUGAAUAAUCACUGUUACGUUUCAAGAUUACGUGUCAUUUUGGGGCAUUUUAGCUUUUUUUGCAGUUUGUAAUAACAAAUACCAUGAAUGACCAGUAAUUUCCUCCACGCCUAAGCUGCUAAUCUUUCCAGAUUCAGAGAGUUUUAGUGAUUUUAAAAAAGAUUUUCUCAGGUUUGUUUGGAAAGUGUUAGUCUCAGCUCUGAAGGUAAUAUCUUAGGACAUUUAUUUGCCUCCAAAGAUGCAUUUUGUUGGGCGAAAUUUUAGGUCAUUUGGGGUACUUGAAGUUCAAAGUCACUAAAAAAUCCUGUCAGUUUGAUACCUGGGCUCUGGUAGUCCUUUGAGUAAUCACAGGUAAUUUGUUAGUUGCAGGUAAUAAUCGUCAAUUUCAUCAUGUAUUUUAAAUCAUGUAAAGAAAAAAGGAGCAGAAAACAAAUUACUUUGUUUAUAUGUAAAUUCAUCACAUAAAAUACUGUUUUCA